UGCGAGUGCAAAAAGUUAGUCGGAGGGGCUCGUCGGUGGGCCAAGGCUGCGGCCAGAACUGCGUCGUUCCUUAUUUUUCACGCACUUAUUUUGUUUUUGCCAAAAUCAUGGCCAGUCGCGAAUCGUCUUCGCCGCGUUUCGCAACUAGUGCGUCGUAAUUAUUCCUCUCAUUUAUUUUAACUAUAAAAGAAAAAGGCUUUUGCAAUAAUUUAUAACGCAAUGAGCGCAGCGGCCAACAAACUCAACAAACUCCACAGAUGCGCAAAAUCUUAUUCAAUCAGGAGGUACACGAACACCGCCGAGGGGUCUUCGGCGGCGGCUCGGACCAAGGAGGUCAGCGAGGAGGGCAUGUGGGGUCAGCUGGGUCGGCAGGUGGUGCGGGCGGCCGUCGAGCAGGGCCUCCUCCUGGCCGUCGCCGCCCGCCGCCUCCACUGGCCACGCCCCCUCAGCUCCCCCAACCGCCCUAAGGAAGGACCGGGGGUCAACGACGACCUCCCUCAGGAAGGUCACCAGGGCACCUUCUCGCUGCCCAACAUCUUCAGCAGCCUGGCCCACAACUUGGAGCGCGCCGACGGCAACACCACGGUUGCCGGACAACCCCAAGUCGUGCCCGAGUGGAAACUCAAAAGGACCAGGACCGUUUCAAAGUUGGUGGUGGAGGCGCGGACGAGGAGCAUUUUGACCUCGAUCGCGACGGCCGAGAGCGUCACCUCGAAACUUCAGCGCAUCGACGACCUCACCGAGCACCUCCGCCUGCACCCCACCGCCAAGAGCUACUCCGUCAAGCACGGAGGGAUGAACACGUUGCUGCGGAUGCGCGCGUCGGAGCGGAACGAGAUGGCGCUGGCGGCGAUCCGCGAGGCGCUGGCCAUGAUGGGACACACGGACGGGCUGAGUGGACGCGGCAUCCGCAUCCUGAGCAUGGACGGGGGCGGGACGCGCGGCGUGAUGGUGAUCGAGCUGCUGCGCAAGCUCGAGGCGCUGACGGGGCGCCGCGUGUGCGAAAUGUUCGACUUCAUCUGCGGGGUCAGCACGGGCGCCAUCAUGGCGUGCCUGUUCGGGCCGCACAAGAAGAACCUCGACGACUGCGCGCAGCUCUACAAGGAGAUCUCGGUGCGCAUCUUCACCAGGAACAACCUGCUCGGCGCCUCCAAGCUGCUGUGGGACCACUCGUACUACGACACCCAGCAGUGGGAGCAGCUCCUGCAGAACCACGUCGGCACCAUCCCCCUCAUCCGCACCGCCAGGGACCCCCUCUGCCCAAAGAUGGCGGCGGUGUCGACGGUGGUGAACCAGGCGGAGGUGAUGCCGUACGUGUUCCGCAACUACGAGCUGCCCGAUGGGGUGCCGGCGCUUUACACCGGCGGCAGCCGACACCAACUGUGGGAGGCGGCGAGGGCCUCCGCCGCCGCCCCCUCCUACUUUGGCGAGUUCCGAACCGCAGACCUCCUCCACCAGGACGGGGGUGUGUUGGUGAACAACCCGACGGCGAUCGCGAUCCACGAAGCAAAGCUUUUGUGGCCAGGGGAGGCGCUGCAGUGCGUCGUAUCGUUCGGCACCGGUCGUUGCCACCCCCUCGACCUGGCCAUCAAAAACGCGGCCGCCGCCGCCACCAACGGCGCCACCGGCGCCGACACCUACUCCUCCUGGAAGCAAAAGUUCACCAAGAUCCUCGAGAGCGCCACCGACACCGAAGCGGUGCACAACAUGCUGCACGACCUGCUGCCGAACGACGUGUACUUCCGGUUCAACCCUUACGUGAAGGAGGUGUCGAGCAUGUUCGAGAUGCGGCCGGAGAAGCUGCAGGAGUUGGAGGGGGAGGCCGCCCUGUACGCGCGCCGCAACGACGAAAAGUUCCGCCAGGUCGCCGCCACCCUCACGCAGCCGCGAACCCUCGUCCAGCGCUCCCGCGACUGGGUCAAGCGACACACCUCCCUCCUCACCUCCGCCAAGCCUUGAGCCCCUCCCCUCCCUCCCCUCCCUCCCCUCUAGUCCCCAUCGAGCAUUUAUAUAUUCUCAUUUCAGCUGGUUUGAAAUGCGCGCCUCUUGUGCUCUGACAAUUUUUAGUUUUAAAUAAAAUUAACAGUCUCUUUACACACAAACACGACUUUUAAUCUUUAUAAAAAAGCAGCACAUAAUUUGAUUUGUGUGACAAAAUUUUAAGAAAAAAUUUAAUAUUUUAGAUUUAAAAAAUAUUUAUAAUUGAUAUUUUUCUGUUUAGAUUUUUCAACCUUUAAAUGGAAAAAAAUAUUUGUACUUGCUGUGAAUAAGAAACUAUAGUUUUCUUAGGAGAAUACAAUCGUUGGAGCUUUUAUUUGUGAUUCA